AUGUUGUUAACCAAUCCUCAGUGGGCGCAAAAAUAUCACGGUAAUGACAAUGGCCUCCUACAGAUCUCGGAACAGGACGACAACAGCAACAGGAGACGCAACAGCAACAGGAGACGCAGCAGCAACAGGAGACGCAGCAGCAACAGGAGAAACAGCACAGAAGGAGACGCAACAGCAACAGGAGGAGAUCAAACAGUAACAGGAGGGAGAUGCAACAGCAACAGGAGAUGCAACAGCAACAGAGAUGCAGUAGCAAAAGGAGAUGCAGCAGCAACAGGAGAUGCAGCAGCAACAGGAGACAUACAGCAACAGGAGAUGCAGCAGCAGCAGGAGAAACAGCAGCAACAGAAGGAGACGCAACAGCAACAGGAGGAGACGCAACAGCAACAGGAGGAGACGCAACAGCAACAGGAAACGCAACAGCAACAAGUAGAAGACAGUUGUAGCAUCAAUAACACCACCAGCAAUACCCGUCCCACCAACAAGAACACCACCAUCUCCACCAACACUGGCAACGAGAUAUCAGAUAAGAUGGGCGGCCGUUGCUCUACAUCACGAGUGAAGGAUUUGGCCAGGAAUAAUUACCGAGUCUGUCUCAAGGUUCGGGAGGCCAACGCAUACAUGCCCACUACAGGGGGCUUCCGUCCUGUGUCCAAAGCUGUCACCAGGAACCUUCAACGAGCUAUUACUAUAAGUCACCGGGUGUCACCAGGUGUCACAAGGAGUCACCGGGUGUCAUCAGGUGUCACAAGGAGUCACCGGGUGUCAUCAGGUUCCCCGUCUAGACUCAAACCUCGAAGCUUCACUGACACUUUACCUAUAUUCUUCGUCAUGGGUUUCAGAAUCUCUGCUCGGGGAGAGGAUAUGGAGGAAAAGAAUAUACCCUCAGGUCAUUAUUUCAUGCCUCCCAGUGCUGCUCAGGUCAUUAUGGCCCUCAUGUCUCCAGUACCCAACACUCGGGGUCAUUAUGGUCCCUCAUGCCCUCCCCCAGUACCCAACACUCCGGGUCAUUAUGGCCCCUGCGCCUCCCAGUGCCCAACCUCGGUCGUGAGCCUCAUGCCUCCCGUGCCCAACACUCUGUGCCCAACCUCAGGUCAUGCUGGCCCCUCAUGCCCCUCCCAGUACAACCUCCGGGUCUUAUGGCCUCUGCCUCCCAAGUGCCCAACACUCGGGUCAUGUAGUCUCAUGCCUCCCAGUGCCCAACACUCGGGGUCAUGGCCCCUCAUGCCCUCCCCAGGCACACCACUCCGGGCUCAUUGUGGUCCUCAUGCCCUCCCAGUGCCUCAGGGGUCGUAUGACCCCCUCAUGCCUCCCCAGUGCCCAACCUCAAGGUCAUGGCCCUCGCCUCAGUACCUUGCUCAGGUGUUAUGGCCCCUCAUGCCCCUCCCAGUGUACAGGUCAUUUGGUCCCUCAUGCCCCUCAGUGCAACCUCAGGUCAUUAUGGCCUCAUGCCCUCCCAGUACCCAACACUCGGUCAUGCCCCUCAUGCCUCCCAGUGCCAACACUCGGGGUCAUUAUGGCCCUCAUGCCCCUCCCAGUGCCCUCCCAGGUCAUUAUGGCCCCUCAUGCCUCAGUGCCCAACACUCGGUCAUGGCCCUCAUGCCCCUCCCAGUGCCCAACACUCCGGGUCAUUACCAGCCCCUCAUGCCCCCUCCCAGUACCCAACCUCAGGGGUCAUUGCCCCUCAUGCCCUCCCAGCCUGCCUCAGGUCAUUAUGGUCUCAUGCCUCCCAGUGCCCAACACUCAGGUCAUUAUGGCCCCUCAUGCCUCCCAGUACCCAACACUCCAGUCGUGCUCCCUCAUGCCUCCCCAGUACCCAACACUCCAGGUCAUAUGGCCCUCUGUGCCUCCCAGUACCCAACACUCGGGUCAUUAUGGCCUCCCCCUCCCAGUACCCACCUCCAGGGUCAUUAUGGCCCCUCAUGCCUCCCAGUACCCAACACUCAGGGAUCGUACCAGCCCCUCAUGCCCCUCCCAGUGCCCAACACUCAGGUCAUCAUGGCCCCUCAUGCCCCCUCCCAGUACCCAACACUCGGGUCAUUAUGGUCCCUCAUGCCCUCCCCAGUACCCCAACACUCAGGGUCAUUGAGUCCCUCAUGCCCCUCCCAGUCCCAACACUCAGGGGUCAUUGUGGCCCUCAUGCCCCUCCCAACUUGCCUCCAGGGUCAUUGUGGUCCCUCAUGCCCCUCCCAGUACCCCAACACUCGGGUCAUAUGGCCCCUCAUGCCCUCAGUGCCUCUCCUCAUUAUGGCCCUGCCCCUCCCAGUACCCAACCUCGGGGUCAUGCCCUCAUGCCUCCCCAGUACCCAACACUCGGGUUGUGGCCCCUCAUGCCCCUCCCAGUACCCCAACACUCGGGGUUGGUAUGGCCCUCAUGCCCCUCCCCAGUGCCCAACACUCCGGGGUCAUUGUAGCCUCAUGCCUCCCAGUGCUGCCUCAGGUCUGCCUGCCCCUGCCCAACCCUCAGGUCGUAUGGCUCCUUGCCCCUCCCAGUACCCAACACUCGGGUCAUUAUGGUCCCUCAUGCCCUCCCCAGUACCCAACACUCAGGGUCAUUGUGGCCCCUCAUGCCUCCCCAGUACCAACACUCGGGUCAUUAUGGUCCCUCAUGCCCUCCCAGUACCCAACACUCGGGUGUGUGGUCCCCUCAUGCCCCUCCCAGUACCCAACCUCCAGGGUCAUUGUGGCCCCUCAUGCCCCUCCCCAGUACCCAACACUCAGGGUCAUUAUGGCCCCUCAUGCCCCUCCCGUACCCAACACUCGGGUCAUUCUGGCCCCUCAUGCCCUCCCAGUACCCACCACCUCAGGGGUCAUUGCGCCCCUCAGCCCCUCCCAGUACCUCCGGGUCAUUAUGGCCUCAUGCCCCUCCCAAUGCACCCAACACUCGGGUCAUUAUGGCCCCUCAUGCCCUCCCCAGUACCCAACACUCAGGGUCAUGCCCUCAUGCCCCUCAGUACCCAACACUCGGGUCAUGGCCCUCAUGCCUCCCAGUACCCAACACUCAGGGGUCAUUAUGGCCCCUCAUUGCCCUCCCAGUACCCAACACUCGGUCAUUAUGGUCCUCAUGCCUCCCCGAUGCCCAACAUCGGUCAUUAUGGCCCAUGCCUCCCAGUACCCAACACUCAGGGUCAUGGUCCCUCAUGCCUCCCGUACCCAACCUCAGGCCAUGGUGCCCUCAUGCCCCUCCCAGUACCCAACCUCGGGUCAUUAUGGCCCCUCAUGCCUCCCCAGUACCCAACACUCAGGUACCUCAACACUGGCCACAUGGUCCUCAUGCCCUCUCAGUACCCAACACUUCACCGGUCCCUCAUGCUCUCCCCAGUACCCAACACUGGCCAUGGCCCCUGCUCUCCAGUACCCAACACUCGGGUCAUUAUGGUCCUCAUGCCCUCCCCAGUACCCAACACUCACACAUGGUCCCUCAUGCCCUCCCCAGUACUCCAACACUGGGGUCAUUAUGGUCCCUCAUGCCCCUCCCCAGCACUCCAACACUGGCCACAUGCCCUCAUGCCCUCUCCCCCCAGUACCCACACUCUGGGUCAUUAUGGCCCCUCAUGCCCUCCUCCCCAGUACCCACACUCGGGUCAUUAUGGCCCCUCAUGCCCUCCCCAGUACCCAACACUGGCUCAGGCCCCUCAUGCCCUCCUCCAGCAUUCAACACUGGCCAUUAUGGUCCUCAUGCCCUCCCCAGUACCCAACACACUGGCCACAUGGUCCCUCAUGCCCUCCCUAUACCCAACACUCGGGGUCAUUAUGGUCCCUCAUGCCCUCCCCAGUACCCACACUGGGGUCACCAAUGGUCCCUCAUGCCCCUCCCCAGGCACCCAACACUCUGGGGCCACAUGGCCCCUCAUGCCCCCUCCCCAGUACUCCAACACUGGCCACAUGGUCCCCCAUGCCCUCCCCAGUACCCAACACCUGGCCACAUGGUCCCCAUGCCCUCCCCAGCACUCCAACACACUCGGGGCCACAUGGCCCCUCAUGCCCCUCCCCAGUACCCAACACUCUGGGUCAUUAUGGCCCCUGCCCUCCCCAGUACCCAACACUCUGGGGUCAUUAUGGUCCCCUCAUGCCCUCCCCAGCACCUCAACACUGGCCACAGGGCCCCUCAUGCCCUCCCCAGUACCCAACACUGGGCCACAUGGCCCCCUCAUGCCCUCUCCCAGUACCCAACACUCGGGUCAUUAUGGUCCCUCAUGCCCCUCCCCAGUACCCCACACUGGGGUCAUUAUGGUCCCUCAUGCCCUCCCCAGCAUCCAACACUCACACAUGGUCCCUCAUGCCCCUCCCCAGUACCCAACACUGGGCCACAGGGCCUCAUGCCCCUCCCCAGUACCCAACACUCUGGCCAUUAUGGCCCCUCAUGCCCCUCCCCAGUACCCAACACUCGGGGUCAUUAUGGCCCUCAUGUCCCUCCCCAUACCCAAACACACUGGGUCAUUAUGGCCCCUCAUGCCCCUCCCUACCAACCCGGUCCUCAUGCCUCCCCCAGUACCCAACACUGGGGUCAUUAUGGCCCUCAUGCCCCUCCCCAGUACCCAACACUCGGGUCAUUAUGGCCCUCAUGCCCCUCCCCAGCACCCAACACCUGGCCACAUGGCCCCUCAUGCCCUCCCCAGUACCCAACACUCGGCCACAUGGCCCCUCAUGCCCCUCUCCCCAGUACCCAACACUGGGGUCAUUAUGGUCCCUCAUGCCCUCCCCCAGUACCCAACACUCGGGGUCAUUAUGGCCUCAUGCCUCCCAGUACCCAACACUCGGGGUCAUUAUGGUCCUCAUGCCCCUCAGUACCCAACACUCUGGGUCAUUAUGGCCCCUCAUGCCCUCCCCAGUACCCAAACUCUGGCUGGCUGGCCCUCAUGCCCUCCCCAGUACCCAACACUCGGGUCAUAUGGUCCCUCAUGCCCCUCCCCAGUACCCAACACUCGGGGUCAUUAUGGCCCUCAUGCCCCUCCCCAGUACCCAACACUCUGGCCACAUGGCCCCUCAUGCCCCUCCCCAGUACCCAACACUCUGGGCCACAUGGCCCUCAUGCCCUCCCCAGUACCCAACACUGGGUCAUUAUGGUCCCUCAUGCCCCUCCCCGUACCCAACACUCGGGUCAUUAUGGUCCUCAUGCCCCUCCCCAGUACCCAACACUCGGGGUCAUUAUGGUCCCUCAUGCCCUCCCCAGCCUCCAACACUCUGGCCACAGGGUCCCCAUGCCCCUCCCCAGCACCCAACACUGGGCCAUAG